CUACUUCCUGGUUCAGAAAGACGAAAGGAACUUACAGCGUGGAAACUACAUCUCCCAGUAUGCACUGCUGCCACAGGCCUGCACAGGAAAAGCAUAUUUAUUACAAAGCAGAAGCAUCGAUAGAAAAGCUUUGAACCAAAAACUAACACUGGUCCCUUUAGACUUUAAAAAAAAUGUAGGAGUGAUACAUUGUGGGUUGUAGCGUUAACCAUUUUCUAGGCCUGAUUAACACAGACAAAGGAAAGACUUCAUGGUAUUACAAAAAUAGCAACAAAUUACAAGGCGUACGAGAAGACAACAACCCAGUCCUUCCGUGAAAAAGAAAGCCGGUACCAAGGAGGGACGAAUGAGAAAAGCUACGGAAGGUUGAAAGAUGGAAUCUGUAGGGCAGGGUUCUGAACUGGAAUGUGUGCACAUUAAAGACGAGGUCCCCGAGUACGAACUGGUCAAAAUUAAAGAAGAAGACGACGACGAUGACGUGGAGGAGACCCGGUGUGUCUGUAAUGACUGUGGGAAGAGUUUCUAUGAAUCAGCAAUGCUUGACAUUCACAAGCAGACACACAGUGCAAACACCCCCUACCAGUGUUCUGAAUGCAAGGAGCAAACUCACACAAAGCACAAGACGCAUGUGCACAUCUGCACGGAAUGUGGGAAGAGCUUCAGUCAGUACUGGUACCUCAGAGAGCACUGGCGGAUUCACAACGGACAGUCUGCCUAUCGCUGCACUGUGUGCGAGAAGAGCUUCAAUCAGUCAGGGGACCUUAAAAAACACCUGCGCAUUCACACAGGCGAGACUCCCUAUCACUGCACUGACUGUGGAAAGAAAUUCACUCAGUCGGAGCACCUUAAGAAACACCGGCGCACCCACACAGGAGAGACGCCGUAUCACUGCACUGAAUGCGGAAAGAGCUUCACUCAGUCAGGGCACCUUCAGAAACACCGGCGAAUCCACACAGGAGAGACUCCAUACGCCUGCACUGUGUGUGGGAAGAGAUUCCGGAGGAUGGACACCUUUAAGGUCCACCACCGAAUACACACAGGAGAGAAACCAUACCACUGUAUGGACUGCGACAAGCGCUUCAGCCACUUAGCAGGACUUAAAGCACACCAACGGGUUCACACAGCUGAGACGCCCUACUCCUGCACUUUGUGUGGGAAGAGUUUCAGCCAGUCAGGGACCCUUAAAAGGCACCAGCGCAUUCACACAGGCCAGACCCCAUAUCACUGCCCUGACUGCGGCCAAGGGUUCACUCAGCUCUCCCACCUUAAAUCACACCAGCGCACCAUGAAAAAGAAGAGCGACCCAUCAAUUUAACAGGUCGCUUUUAUUCCCUGGAAUCUGAGCUGUUCAUUUUCAUAAAAAGAAAAACUGAACUGAAGACAACUGAAGUACAGUACGUAAGAUUUUCAGACUGACAGCAGAGCUGUCCAUGCACGUUUAUAGAAAUGUAAGCAUGUAGCAACAAUAACUCAUUUUGCCCACAAGAGGGCGUUGUAGAUAGUCUUUAUUUUUUAUCAAAUGCUCCAUGGGAGUUGACCCCGUUGUCCUAUUUCCUGAGUUUUUUGUAUUUGGCUCUGCCAGGUGAAAACCGCUUUUAAAUUAUGAUACUGCUUUAAGUAAGGACAUCUGUGACACCUGCAUCUGUAGAGGUGUGUGUGUGUAUGAUGAAUAUUCUUAAUGAUAACCUGACCGGACAGUCUUAAAAAAACAGAGAGAUUAAUAUAAAGUAAUAGUAAAACUUGUUUCACAGACCCGUAAGUAAGGCAGUCUGUGAUAUAUAAAGUUCUUUGCACUAAACCAUUUGUUUAAACAGUGCUCCAGACACCAGCAGGUGGCAGACUUAUUUCCCAAUUCCCUUUUUUUUAUUGCUGAAGUUUUAGUAUGAUACGAUACAAAAACUCAAUGCAUUAGAGGUGAUCUUCUGGUAGUGUAUUUUGUUAAUCAUUGUAGAGAUUGGGAAGCUACUGCUUAAAGUUACAUUAAUGAACAGUGGAUUACAUUCAAAGGAUUGUAAUCGGUUUGUCUUGACUCCUCUUUCUGAAACCAGCAGAGGAGGCGCCUAAACCAGCAUUAUCAACUAAUCCAACACACAGCCACCAGUUCUGAAGAGCUCAAAAGCAGAGCUGAGGAGGGCAGGGUAAGUCAUUGGAAAUACAGUGCAGUGCGAGUCUUCCUUUCAUCCCCAGGUCCAGAUUCCAAUCUAGUCGAGACUAGCAGUGAUCGAAAGUCGUUUCCAUCUUGUUACUGUUGAGUUGAUGCGUGAAAUAAGUUGAGGUGGUCUCUGAGGAGCUCCUAGUGCAGAGCACACCUCCCUCGUAACUAAUGGGCACUUUAUCAGACAGUCUGUCCCUGGACUAGAUGGGCUCAGAGUCUGAACUCGCCACCUCAAAGCAUGUUUGCUCCAGGGUCGAGGCAUGUUUUCGGGACAGCGUGUAGAAGCUCACGUUUGCAGCUGGCUACGCGGUUCUGGUUGUGUUGAGAAAUAGACCACCUCUGUUUUGUUUUCCAUUUGAUCCAGCAUCUUUCACAGACACUAAACACA